AUGGAUCCGGACAGCAAAAGCUUCCAACCAUGGACAGACUACAUGGGACUGUCGGACACAAUCAGAGAAAUCCUGGGUCGGAACUCCGCCACCGAGUCCUCUCUGCCAGUCUCCAACUGCGAUGACCUGUGCGAGGCUCUGGUGGCUGUGCGCUUUGACACCUGUGGCGACCUCGGAGCAGCCUGUGCGCCAGAUCUGGCUACUAAAUCUACGCUGCCAAACCCUUUGGCUCAUCAGCGUCCACCUGAUGGUUUGCGGUACGCUUCAGAUUCCCUAGGUGCUAAUACACCAGACGGGGGGGAUUUGAAGCUGGUCACAAGACCAACGGGCUCCCGGGGGCCAAAAGAGCGCACGAAGACCACUUGUUACAAAGCAACGGAUCCGACGGUGUUGCCUCCAUCACCUGAGCGCAUGUUUUGCAGUUUCUGCAAGCACAACGGGGAGUCCGAAAAGGUGUACGGAUCCCACUGGCUGAAAAGUCAGGCCGGGGAUGUGUUGUGUCCCUAUCUGCGGCAGUAUGUGUGUCCUCUGUGCGGAGCCACGGGGACUAGAGCUCACACCAAGCGCUUCUGUCCAAAGGUGGACAGCGCGUACAGCUCCGUGUACGCCAAGUCCAGACGCUGA